GAAAUCUGCAAGUAUCCGGAACAAUGGUCAAUCGAGGGGAGCGCAAAUUAUGAGGAAAAUGUUUCAAAUGCCAAGCAGCCCUGUCUGAGCCACGCGGAAUCCUGAAUUCUUGAAUAGAAACGAGCAGCGUCGUUCGGUACGGUGACUACGUCACUACGGUGAGAGGCGCCCAAAGGCUUUGCCGUCCCGGUCGCGGAAGGUCCAGAGUCAGAGCGCCCACCAAUAGAGGCAGUACCAGUAGGCUGGGUGGGUGUUUCUUUGCGGCACGACGCCAUCCUCAGGGCGUACUGGAAGGUGCUGAAGGUGGUGGAGAGCAGCAUGUUCGCUUUGCCGACUCGAUUCUUCGCCCUGAUCCGCGCUUCUUGGUGUCCACGCCACACGCGCGCACUGGGUCUCGCCACUCGCUUUGCCGCCUUGCCACUGACUGCCUCCGCCACUCAAGCAACCGUGCCUGCGUUGGUAUUUGUGGAGUGUCGCAUUCAAUGUUGCUGUGGCGAAGAAGACGCCAGAUCAAUUGGCGUGGCAAGCGGGGUGGACAUUUGCUAGUGCUGCGACCGCUGCGACUCUGUCAGUCGUUGUGGGGCGCUGCCACGCUUGUUGUGGCCAAGGCAUAAAGAGCGCCUGCGCUUCCGCUCCUGGACAGCGUCUCUUAUCAGCUCUUCUUUACCACAUCGACCCAUCAGCUGUUCUUUAGACUUUUCUCCCCUUGCAUUCAAGUACGCUGUUCAGCAAGCUGGCCUUGCACAUUCUAG